AGUAAGUCGAGUGAGUGUAAUGCAGGGAAGGGACGCGUCGGCGCCAGCGACAGGCCCGCCCAGGGGCAGCCCGCCAGCCAGAUCUGGGGCUACUUUGGCCCAAGAGCCAGAGUGCAUCCGGCCGACCAGCCCUGGCCUCUGUGUCCCGCGCCCUCCAGGCCCCACGGCCUCCGCUCCUGGGGGCACAGGCGCCCGCAGCCAAUCCGCUCUGCCAGCCUGCCUCCUCCCCUGCCAAGAGCAGCUUCUUCAGGCGCGCUCUAGUUCCCCAGAUGCUCGCCCCACCCUGCCCUUCCCUCCCCUCCCAUGGAAGACCGAUCACGCGGCCCAAGAACGAGACUCUCCAACUGGGCAUUUCUCCGAGCCCCGCUCCAGCAAGAAGCGAGAAGCAGCGUGAGAGUGGGAAGGAGAUUGGACGGGCAGCUCUGUGACCCAAUGGUUUUCCUCGGCCUUUGGGUGCGGGCCAAUGAGGCGCUUGAGGGCGGGACUUCCGCUUCGCCGUGGAUUUGUCGUCCCUGCUCCGACUCCGGGCGGUGGGGUCGGUGCGGAUACUCAGUCAUGAAGUCAGGGUAGGGACUUCUCCCGAAGCGACGCGGCCGGUGAGCGUGUCAGUGUUCCGGGGGCCAGGCUUCCAGGUGAUUGUACAACACGAUGCUGCUAUCCAUAGGGAUGCUCAUGCUGUCGGCCACACAGGUCUACACCAUCUUGACUGUCCAGCUCUUUGCAUUCCUAAAUCUAUUGCCUGUGGAAGCUGAUAUUUUAGCAUAUAAUUUUGAAAAUGCAUCUCAGACAUUUGAUGAUCUUCCAGCAAGAUUUGGUUAUAGACUUCCAGCUGAAGGUUUAAAGGGUUUUUUGAUUAACUCAAAACCAGAGAAUGCCUGUGAACCCAUAGUGCCUCCACCACUAAAAGACAAUUCGUCUGGCACUUUCAUCGUGUUAAUUAGAAGACUUGAUUGUAAUUUUGAUAUAAAGGUUUUAAAUGCACAGAGAGCAGGAUACAAAGCAGCCAUAGUUCACAAUGUUGAUUCUGAUGACCUCAUUAGCAUGGGAUCCAACGACAUUGAUGUGCUAAAGAAAAUUGACAUUCCAUCUGUCUUCAUUGGUGAAUCAUCAGCUAAUUCUCUGAAAGAUGAAUUCACAUAUGAAAAAGGGGGCCACAUUAUCUUAGUUCCAGAAUUUAGUCUUCCUCUGGAAUACUACCUAAUCCCCUUCCUUAUCAUAGUGGGCAUCUGUCUCAUCUUGAUAGUAAUUUUCAUGAUCACAAAAUUUGUCCAGGACAGACAUAGAGCUAGAAGAAACAGACUUCGUAAAGAUCAACUUAAGAAACUCCCCAUACAUAAAUUCAAGAAAGGAGAUGAGUAUGAUGUAUGUGCCAUUUGUUUGGAUGAAUAUGAAGACGGAGACAAGCUCAGAAUCCUUCCCUGUUCCCAUGCCUAUCACUGCAAGUGUGUAGACCCUUGGUUAACUAAAACCAAAAAAACCUGUCCAGUCUGCAAGCAAAAAGUUGUUCCUUCUCAAGGCGAUUCAGACUCUGACACAGACAGUAGUCAAGAAGAAAAUGAGGUGUCAGAACAUACCCCUUUACUUAGACCUUUAGCUUCUGUCAGUGCCCAGUCAUUUGGGGCUUUGUCGGAAUCCCGCUCACAUCAGAACAUGACAGAAUCUUCAGACUACGAGGAAGAUGACAAUGAAGAUACCGACAGCAGUGAUGCAGAAAAUGAAAGCAAUGAACACAGUGUCGUGGUCCAACUACAGCCAAACAGUGAACGGGAUUACAACAUAGCAAACACUGUCUGACCUUCAGAGGGUGAGGGGUUUAUUUCCCUUUAAAUGUUUAUUUAGGAAUAUACUGUAAUUUGGGUUUUUUUGCUCCCUUCAGAGUUCUGUAGAAGUAACUUAUUUUUAGUAUUCUACAGUUUAAUCAGAUUACUGAAACAAGCUUUUUGAUCUGGUGUUUAUCUGCAGGAGUGUACUUUAUUCACUAAUAAGUAAUAAUAGACUGGUGCUGUAACUCAGGCAUCAAAUCAGCUCUUCUUCUGGAAUGAAAUAUAGCCAAAACAUGUUUAAAAAAUCCUCAGUAUAGCUUGCAAUUAAGACCUAGAUCACAGUAUGUAAAUGUUUGUUUUACACACAAGGUCAGUGCUGCAGCCACCCAGCAUGAGCUAAUAAGCCUACUUCCAACUCCACGAAGUUACCUAGAGUUAUUGAGUUGAACUAUAUUCGUUCUGACACUUCCCCAAAUUGCCAUCAUUAGUGAGAGACAACAAAUUUAGCAUUUUUUCUCCUUUUUCCUUCUUACUCACAAGUAGUCUUAUCCUGAUAGGAACGGUCUGUACUAGUGCAGAUUUCAAACUUUUUUUUAAGGUUUUUAAUAUGAUAGUGUUAUGUAUGGAUUUGAUUCAGCAGCUAAAGUAAUGUCUCUGGACUUUACUUACUGAAUUUUCAGUUUCAGUAUUUUUAAGGUUUGUGUUUUUGUGAUUAAAGCAAAAAGAAAACGCUGCAUAAAAAUACCAAACUUCAGCAACCGUUAAUACUCAGAUCAUAUACCUCUUAAUAAGAGCAUCGUAUGCUAAUUAGCCCAGCUAAUCUAUGUACAGAGGAAAUUGUCCAAGUAUUGGAUUUGAAAAUAAGUGCUUAUGUUUAACAGAACUAAUGAUGUAUUGAAACAAUAUAUUACAAAAAACUAAAUUAUAUUAUAUAUCACUGUAACUAUAUAGAAAAUGUAGACUAAUGUAUAAUUAAAAUGCUAAAAGUUUUUAUAUGGCCUUGUAUGAGGGGAGUUUGAAUGUUAAUAAACAUGUUUUCCACUUUAAGAACCAGUAAA